GGAAGCCGAAAGGUCACUGGUUAGCCUGACAGAAGCCGGGCAGACAGCAGUGUGGACCAGACAUGAUUAGACAGUGGCGUGCGGGUCGCCUAUUAAGCCGUGCGCUUUAUCAGAAUUCCUGGCGAUGGAAGAGCAAUUCAGCAAGUGAAAGAGCCUUACAAUAUAAAGUUGGAGAAAGAAUUCAUGGUUUCACUGUGAAUGAGGUGACGUCUGUUCCAGACUUAUUUUUAACUGCUGUAAAGCUCAAUCAUGAGACCACGGGGGCGAAAUAUUUGCACAUUGCAAGAGAAGACUCCAAUAAUUUGUUCAGUGUACAGUUUCGAACAACCCCCAUGGAUAGUACGGGUGUUCCGCAUAUACUUGAGCAUACUGUUUUAUGUGGCUCUCAGAAGUACCCAUGCAGGGACCCUUUCUUCAAAAUGUUAAACCGAUCCCUAUCCACGUUUAUGAAUGCAUUCACAGCAAGUGACUAUACAAUGUACCCAUUUUCAACUCAGAAUCCCAAGGAUUUUCAGAAUCUCUUGUCGGUUUACUUAGAUGCAGUAUUCUUCCCUUGCUUAAGAGAACUGGAUUUUUGGCAAGAAGGGUGGCGACUGGAGCAUGAAAAUCCAACUGAUCCAAACUCCCCUUUAAUCUUCAAAGGCAUUGUUUUCAAUGAGAUGAAAGGGGCUUUUACAGACAACGAGAAAGUAUUUUCACAGUACUUGCAGAACAAACUUCUUCCAGACCACACGUAUGCUGUUGUUUCAGGUGGAGAACCACUAAACAUUCCAGAUCUUACAUGGGAGCAGCUCAGACAGUUCCAUGCAACUCAUUAUCAUCCAAGUAAUGCAAGAUUCUUCACUUAUGGUAAUUUCCCGUUGGAAAUGCAUUUAAAACAGAUACAUGAAGAUGCUUUGAGAAAGUUUGAGAGAAUAGAUGUUAAUACUGCAGUUCCUUUACAGGAGAGAUGGCGAAACCCAAGGUCUUAUCAUGCAACCUGUGGUGAGGACUCCUUUGCAUCAGACCCUGCUAAGCAGACCACGGUCAGCAUUAGUUUCUUACUUUCAGAGAUGGGUUGUGGUGUUUACAAUUACCGGGAGCAAGCGCAACAAAUGGAGUUGACAACUGGAGGAAUGUCUGUUUGUCCUCACAUCGUGACAGAUGACUCCAGUUUAGAUUCAUAUGAGCAGGGAGUGCUCUUCUCAUCCCUCUGCCUAGAGAGAAAUUUACCUGAUAUGAUGCAUCUAUGGAGUGAAAUAUUUCUCAACCCCCAUUUUGAUGACGAGGAACGUUUAAGGGUUUUAGUGCGCAUGAGUGCACAAGAAAUGUCAAAUGGGAUACCAGAUUCUGGACAUACGUAUGCUUCGAUACGUGCAAGUAGAACACUCACGCCUGCAGGUGACUUGCACGAGCUAUUCAGUGGUAUGGAUCAGGUGAAAAUGAUGAAAAGAAUAGCUGAGAUGCCCGACAUGAGUGGAAUAUUGCGCAAACUAUCACGCAUUCGAAAAUACAUAUUAUUAAGUGACAGCAUAAGGUGUUCAGUGAAUGCCACGCCUCAGCAAAUGUCCUCUGCAUCAAAGGAAAUAGAACAUUUUUUGCUUGGAAUCCAUAGAAAUAAAAAGGAACGCAAAGCUGUUCGUCCGCAUGUUAUUGUGAAAUCUGCAAAUCCUUCAUCAGGUCAUGAGGUGUCACCAAGAGCAAGCAGGAAGCUUAUCUGUGAGCCAACCUUCAAGCCAUGUCAGAUGAAAACACACUUUUCACUGCCCUUCCCAGUAAACUACAUAGGUGAAUGUGUAAGGACGGUCCCUUAUACAGAUGCUGACUAUGCCAGCCUCCGUAUACUUGCACGCGUACUAACAGCAAAAUUUCUUCAUGGGGAAAUUCGAGAGAAAGGUGGAGCUUAUGGGGGUGGUGCUAAACUUGGCUUUGAUGGAAUCUUCAAUUUCUACUCUUAUCGAGAUCCAAAUUGUUUAUCAACAUUGUCAGUAUUCGAAAAAGCAAUUGAUUGGGCCAGAUCAGGAAAAUUUGCCCAGGAAGACAUAGAUGAAGCAAAGCUAUCUGUAUUUUCAUCAGUUGAUUCUCCUGUUGCCCCUUCUGAUAAAGGAAUGAAUAACUUUUUGCAUGGAGUCAGUGACGAAAUGAAACAAAAGCACAGAGAACAACUUUUUGCUGUCACCCAUUCAGAUCUAAUUAAUGUCACAAAUAAGUAUCUAACUGUUGGUCACUGCACUCAUGGAACAGCAAUUCUGGGGCCAGAAAAUAUAAAUAUAGCAAAAGAUCCAACCUGGAUAAUUCGAUGAUUAUUUCUUUACAUAGGAGUUGUUGGAUAAAUAUAAAUGUGUAUAUAUGAAUAUUAAUGUUCUAUUAAAUGGACAUGUCUAUUUAUAGAUGCUUAAAUCAAGCAAAUGAGGAAUAUUUUUAAGCCUUUAUAUUGCAGUGAUGCCAAUUAAACCCUAUCAAACAUUUCAUUGUAAAA